AUGACGCGCAGACGAUUUAUUUCCGAAAUGUCCAGGAAAGAAAAUUGGAGACAGGAGGAGAUCAACGCCCUCGUUGACUGUGUCACAGAUAGAAUUGACACCAUAAAGGGAAAAUUUUCUCCCUUUUUAACGAUUGAGAAAAAAGCCCAAGCAUGGGAGGAAGUCUUGGAGAGUGUAAAUGCCUGCAGUGUUACAAAGAGAGAUGUUAAAAGUAUCAAGAAAAAGUGGAUAGACAUCCAGAGCAAAACAAAAAAAAGAGAGGCAGAGAGGAGAAGAGACCAGAAGAAAACUGGGGGAGGUCCACCACCAGCAAACCUGAAGCCAUGUGAAGAUAAGGUAUAA